AAGGCCAAAGGUCAGAGGUUGUGAAGCUGUCAUGGCGACCUUGUGCCGGACUCGUGCUGUGGCUGCCGAGAGCCGUUUUCUGCGAGUGUUUCUCUUCUCCAGGCCCUUUCGGAGCGCAGGCACUGAGAGUGGUUCUCAGAGUAAGAGUUCCGAUUCUCAGGAGCCUAAGACGCAACCGGGCGGCUUCGCGAGCGCGCUGGAGCGGCACUCGGAGCUACAGCGGAAGGCAGAGAUGGGACCUGCCAAGGAUAAAAUAGUCAUUGGACGAAUCUUUCAUAUUGUGGAGAAUGAUCUUUAUAUAGAUUUCGGUGGCAAGUUUCACUGUGUAUGUACAAGACCAGAAGUGGACGGAGAGAAAUACCAGAAAGGAACCAGGGUCCGUCUGCGGCUAUUAGAUCUUGAACUUACGUCUAGGUUUCUGGGAGCAACAACAGAUACAACUAUACUAGAAGCUGAUGCCAUUCUCUUAGGACUUCAGGACAGUAAAGACUCAAAAUCAAAAGAGGAACAUCAUGAAAAAUGAACUUUGCUUAGUGGAUUCACUCUUUUUUUGAACACAGAUAUUCAUCAAGAAUGCAAUUAGAAAAUAGUGAAUAAAUGAUUGAAUGAAGAUGCAAUAAAUGAAAGCUACAAUUAUAUCUCUUACUAGAAUUUUCUUUGGCUGUAUCCACCCCUGCCUUUUUGUUUCCCUUACCUAUAUUUUUUCCCUUUGAUUGGGAUAGUAUACACUGUGCUAAGAAAUUCUGUCAUUCAAUAAAUAAUGUUUUGAGUGUUUUUUA